CUGGCAUUCUGUAAAAGCCUUUACAAUUAGCUAAUGAUACACGUGCGAAAAUUGACCGGCAAUUGCAUAUACACGUGAAUGUAUAUGCGUAAAUAGUGAAGUUAGAAUUCUGUGAUUGACAGUGGCUUUUGGAGCCACUUGUUUCUACUAGUUGUAAAUCGAGGAUCAGUGCGACCAGUAGUAGCGAGAGGAGUUGUCAGAUGCCACUCGGUAACAAGCCAGAAUGCACGAAAUGCGGGACCCGCGAGACCCCGCUGUGGCAUUCCACCGACGCCGGUAAUUUGUGCAAUGCCUGUCUGGAGGACGAGCGGAAUGCCGAGGCAAACGCGUGCCCCAAAACGGACGAGGAGGACAAAAGUGCGAACAUAUUAAAGCCUACCAGGAGAAGCACGAGAAUAACAAGAUACUGUAAUUCGAAGUCUUCUGGGCCUCAUAAGGUGGUGCCCAAAGGCAAAGGUCGCAGGAAUUUGUUCAAGAAAACGCCUGUCAAAGCACCUACAGCUACUGCAACUCCAGUUACCAGCAGUUUUGUAUUUUAUAAAGGUACAUAUUUUCAAGUUGGUGACAUAGUAUCUAUGCAAGAUAUAGAUGGAGGCAUUUAUUAUGCUCAAAUACGUGGCUUAUUGAUUGAUCAAUAUUGUGAAAAAAGUGCUGCUGUUACUUGGUUAUUACCUACUACAGCAAGUCCUCCACCAGAAGAAGGAUUCACUCCUGAAACAUAUAUAAUUGGCCCAGAAGAGGACUUACCGCGAAAGUUAGAGUGUAUGGAAUUUGUAAUGCAUGCUCCAUCAGAUUAUUAUAAGUUGAAAAACACGCCUUAUCCACCACCUCUUACAGAAAAAGGAGUGGGCUACAUAUGGACAACUCUUAGAAAUGAAAUGGCCAUAUCUAAAAAGUAAUCAUAAUCGUAUUAGAACAUAAUCAUUAAUUUCAUUAAUUAUGCCUUCAUUAAUUUAUUACAAAAUUGCUGUUUGUAAAAUCAGCAUUUUUAGUUAAAUAUUUCAUUGUAAUUGAUAAUGUUCUUGACAACAGAAUUGUAAAAUUUCAUGAAAGUACUGAUAUGACAAAGAUACUUUGUAUAGAUUUUAUAUAUAUUUGAUUUUAUAUUAUUGUGUAUUUUGUAGCAUAUUGAAUUCUGUAUUCUUAAUAUAAUCAAUAAGUUGAGCUAGAAACUAGAUUCCAGGUAAAAUUUAAGCUAUAUAAUAAUAUAAAUUUAAUUUUUGCAUAAUAUAUUAUUGUGUAUAGUAGAAAUAUAAUUUUAAGAAACGGAGAAUAAUACACACUGCUAGCUUUUGCAUUAAAUAUAUUUUUGUUACAAUUUAACAUAUUGGUGCUUUGUAUUUCUGAUGAGAGUUUCUCGUGCAAAAUGCGCUAGACUAUUUCAAACAGUGGAAAACUGAUAAUAUCUUAGUUGAAUUCGUGGAGAUCUGAUGUCUUUUUUUUAUAUAUACUUUCUCUAGCAUUCUUUUACGUAUAAAAUUGCAAUGACUAUCUUCACAAUUGCCUGAUUUCUCUUUUUCUCUUUUGUACAUAUAAAUUUUCUCAGGACUCAACUUAUAUAUAUAUAUAUAUAUAUAUAUAUAUAUAAAUGUACAUAUAUAGGUAUUUUUUCUCUUUUCCUCUCUUUCUCUCUCUCCAUUUAUUUUUCUAUCAAUAUAAACCAUAGUCC